CAUGCGCUGAGGGCGGCGGGAUGGGGCUGCGGGGCCGUGGCGGCCGUGCCGGGCCGCCGGCUCCCGGCUGGACGUGCCUGCUGCUCUGCGCCGCGCUCCGGAGCCUGCUGGCCAGUCCGGGCAGCGAGGUGAAUUUACUGGACUCGCGCACAGUAAUGGGAGAUCUGGGAUGGAUAGCGUACCCAAAAAAUGGGUGGGAAGAAAUUGGUGAGGUGGAUGAAAACUAUGCUCCAAUACACACAUACCAAGUAUGCAAAGUAAUGGAACAGAAUCAGAACAACUGGCUUCUGACCAGCUGGAUCUCUAAUGAAGGGGCAUCCCGGAUCUUCAUAGAGCUCAAAUUUACCCUAAGGGACUGUAAUAGCCUUCCAGGAGGGCUUGGGACUUGCAAAGAAACUUUUAACAUGUACUACUUUGAAUCAGAUGACGAAGAUGGGAGGAACAUCAAAGAAAAUCAGUACAUCAAGAUCGAUACUAUUGCUGCUGAUGAGAGCUUCACUGAGUUGGACCUUGGAGACAGAGUUAUGAAGCUAAACACAGAGGUGAGAGAUGUUGGGCCUCUAACCAAAAAGGGGUUUUACCUCGCUUUCCAGGAUGUCGGUGCCUGCAUUGCCCUGGUCUCAGUGCGCGUGUACUACAAAAAAUGCCCAUCAGUGAUCCGCAACUUGGCCCGCUUUCCUGACACCAUCACGGGAGCGGAUUCCUCGCAGCUGCUGGAAGUGUCAGGCGUCUGCGUCAACCACUCGGUGACCGACGAGGCUCCGAAGAUGCACUGCAGCGCCGAGGGGGAGUGGCUGGUGCCCAUCGGGAAGUGCUUGUGCAAGGCAGGGUACGAGGAGAAGAACAACACCUGCCAAGCACCUUCUCCAGUCAGUAGUGUGAAAAAAGGAAAGAUAACUAAAAAUAGCAUCUCCCUUUCCUGGCAGGAGCCAGAUCGACCCAACGGCAUCAUCCUGGAAUACGAAAUCAAAUAUUUUGAAAAGGACCAGGAGACGAGCUACACCAUCAUCAAAUCAAAAGAGACAACUAUUACGGCUGAUGGCUUGAAACCAGGCGCAGCGUACGUCUUCCAGAUCCGCGCACGCACAGCUGCUGGAUACGGUGGCUUCAGUCGAAGAUUUGAGUUUGAAACCAGCCCAGUGUCAGUAGCUGCAUCCAGUGACCAGAGCCAGGUUCCUAUAAUUGUUGUGUCUGUAACAGUGGGAGUUAUUCUGCUGGCUGUCGUUAUUGGUUUCCUUCUCAGUGGAAGUUGCUGCGAUCAUGGCUGUGGGUGGGCUUCUUCUCUGCGUGCUGUUGCCUAUCCGAGCCUAAUAUGGCGCUGUGGCUAUAGCAAGGCUAAACAAGACCCAGAAGAAGAAAAGAUGCAUUUUCAUAAUGGCCACAUUAAACUGCCAGGAGUAAGAACCUACAUCGACCCCCAUACCUAUGAGGACCCGAAUCAGGCCGUGCACGAGUUUGCCAAGGAAAUAGAAGCUUCAUGCAUAACCAUUGAAAGAGUUAUUGGAGCUGGGGAGUUUGGAGAAGUUUGCAGUGGGCGGCUGAAACUGCAGGGAAAACGGGAGUUUCCAGUGGCUAUCAAAACCCUCAAGGUAGGCUACACAGAGAAGCAAAGACGAGACUUCCUGGGAGAAGCAAGCAUCAUGGGGCAGUUUGACCACCCCAACAUCAUCCACCUGGAAGGCGUUGUCACAAAAAGCAAGCCAGUUAUGAUAGUGACUGAGUACAUGGAGAAUGGUUCUCUGGAUACAUUCUUAAAGAAAAAUGAUGGGCAGUUCACAGUCAUUCAGCUGGUUGGGAUGCUGCGAGGCAUUGCAUCUGGGAUGAAGUACCUGUCUGACAUGGGAUAUGUGCACAGAGAUCUUGCUGCCAGGAAUAUCCUAAUCAACAGCAACUUGGUCUGCAAAGUUUCCGACUUUGGGCUCUCCAGGGUCCUAGAAGAUGACCCUGAAGCAGCAUACACUACCAGGGGAGGGAAAAUCCCCAUCCGGUGGACAGCACCCGAAGCAAUCGCCUUUCGCAAGUUCACAUCAGCCAGCGAUGUCUGGAGCUACGGCAUAGUGAUGUGGGAGGUGAUGUCCUAUGGAGAGAGACCGUACUGGGAAAUGACAAACCAAGAUGUGAUUAAAGCUGUGGAGGAAGGCUAUCGCCUGCCAAGUCCCAUGGACUGCCCCGCUGCUCUCUACCAGCUAAUGCUUGACUGCUGGCAGAAAGACCGGAACAGUAGGCCCAAGUUUGACGAAAUUGUCAACAUGUUGGACAAGCUCAUCCGUAACCCAAGCAGCUUGAAGACAUUGGUUAAUGCAUCCAGCAGAGUAUCAAAUUUAUUAGUAGAACACAGUCCGGUGGGAAGCGGUGCCUACAGAUCAGUGGGUGAAUGGUUGGAAGCCAUCAAAAUGGGACGAUAUACAGAGAUUUUCAUGGAAAACGGAUACAGUUCAAUGGAUGCAGUGACUCAGGUGACCUUAGAGGACUUGAGGCGCCUCGGAGUGACACUUGUUGGUCACCAGAAGAAGAUAAUGAGCAGCCUCCAAGAGCUGAAGGUCCAGCUGGUGAACGGGAUGGUGCCCUUGUAACUUGCUUUUGAAGUCACUUCCUCAAGUGAUUGGUCCUGCACUUUGUAUACUAGCCUGGAGAUUUAUUUUAACUAAAAAAACAUAAGGGAAAUUCAGUGAUUUCUGUAACUGAAGGACAUUGGCCUGUGCCAUGUCAUUUAUAAAGCAGUGUUUGACUCAAACUUUCCUUUUCUUCCUAUUUGUGUCCACAUUUUCAUGAAGUAAGUGUAACGUGCAUGGAAUAUGGAAAUGGACCUACUGUACACGAAGUUAACCAGUUUCUUAUGCUUCAGCAGCAACAACGCCAAGCCUUCCCACCACAUGUUGUCUGUACUUGGGAUAUAUAUAUAGCACCUUUAUAUACUGAAUUAUGGCAGCACAUGGUAGUACUUCCAAGGACUUACUUGAAUGGAGAAGUUUUGUAGCCUUUUAUGGGCUCACAAAAGCUGCAGUUUACUGAAGUUUACUUCAAAGUCUUAAAUGUCUACGGAAGUGUAUUGAAGAGCAAUAUGAUUAGAUUAUUUCUUGAUAGAUAUUUUGUUUUGUAAAUUUAAAAGAUGCUGUUACACAGCGUUAAGUUAUAGAGACUAAUGUUAAACUUGUUGCUUGCUCAAUGGCAAAUACAAUACAGGGUGUAUAUUUUUUUCUCUCUAUGUUGCAAGGUCCAUUUUAGUUUGCUCUUCUGUGAGGAUGCUACAUGAAGAUGUAUAUACUGUACAGUUUGCUACACAUCAGGUACAAGUUUUUUUUUUCACAUUGUUUCUUUUUGUUCCCUUUCCCUCCUUGUUUCAUUUCCAUUUGGUGUUGCCGCAAUGCUUUGUAUUCUUGCUGUUGUUUGGUUUUAGCACCAUAUAAACCUUUCGGGAGUUUACCUCAUUACAUAUAUGA